AUGGCGUCGACUGCUUCAUCCCCGCACUCGCCAUUCAGUCUCGAUGCCCUCUUCGACAAUCCUUUGUUCGCUGGCGGCAUUGGGCUAGCCUCGCUUGGCGCCGCUGCAGCCUUUGCCCGCAGAGGCGCCAUUGUCGUCCUCGGGGCCGUUCGACGUCGUCUGAUCGUCAACGUCGAGAUCGGCAAACAGGAUCCUGCCUACCCCUGGAUCCUUGCCUGGCUAUCACAACCCCAUGAAAAUGUUGGGUUCAUCGCAUCUCGGGUCACCCGCGUACACAAUUUGUCCGUCACCACGGCGACUAAUUCAGCGGGAGCCAGCGUUGGCGGGAAGAUGGAUGCACAUUUCUUCCUCAACCCUGGUUAUGGACAGCACAUUGUCAAGUUUGGCGGGGCCUACAUUGCCGUCACCAGGGAAAAGCACAGUACCGCGAACAUGAACACGGGGGAGCCGCACGAGACCGUUCAGCUGACCACGCUCUGGUCCAACCGACAUGUGUUCGAGACCGUCUUCGGCGAAGCGCAUAAGCUGGCGGCUAAUGCAAGCGAGGGUAAGACGGUUGUGUACUCGGCACGAGGCUUGGAGUGGAAGCCCCUCGGCGAUCCCAGAAAGAAGCGCCCACUCGACUCCGUGGUGUUGGACGAGGGUAUCGAGGAGAACAUCGUCGAUGACGUCAAGGACUUCCUGUUUAGACAACAGUGGUAUGUGGAUCGAGGCAUUCCCUAUCGAAGGGGCUAUCUAUUGUUUGGCCCCCCUGGAAGCGGCAAGAGUUCUUUCAUCCAAGCUCUAGCCGGAGAGUUAGAUUUCAGCGUGGCAAUGAUCAACUUGAGCGAGACGGGCAUGACGGAUGAUAAGCUGGCGUUUCUCCUGACCAAACUGCCGAAAAGAAGCUUUCUGUUGCUCGAGGAUGCCGAUGCGGCGUUCGUGAAUCGAAAGCAGCGCGAUGCCGACGGUUACUCGGGAGCGAGCGUGACCUUUUCGGGGCUGCUCAACGCCCUGGACGGUGUCGCCGCUGGCGAGGAGCGCAUCGCCUUCCUGACCACGAAUCAUAUAGACCGCCUAGACCCGGCCCUGAUUCGUCCCGGACGAGUGGACAUGAUGAUCCGAAUCGGCGAGGCGACGAAAUACCAAGCAGCACGGAUGUGGGAUCGCUUUUACGGCGACGUUGAUACUGAUGGCCGCGGAAGAGAACGGUUCCUGCAACGACUAGAAGACCUAGGGCUGGCUGUCGAAAACCGGGGUGCGAAUGGGCCAACCCGGCUUCUCAGCACCGCUGCAAUCCAGGGCCUGUUCCUCUUCAACAAGAAUGACAUGGAAGGGGCAAUUAACUCGGCCGGUAGCCUAAUUCCGGAGAAGUUUGAUACAGAAACAGACAGGGGCUGUGCAGUCAGAUAG